ACACUCUCUCUCUCUCUCUCACACACACACACACACACAGUGCGGAGGACUUAUGAACCUGGUGAAGAAAAUGUCGGUGUGUGUCUUCUUCAUGUUGACGGUUUACACUCUGAGCGGAUCCUCAGUGGUGUCAGGACUCCGCCCUCCCUCACCUGUCCAGCUCACUUCCUUCAACAUGGACCUGGUGCUCAGGUGGGAUCCACCUGAAGGAGAGGCAGGUGAUCUGCGCUACACUGCCCAGUACAGCACUGUUCUGCUGGCGCACAGAGCCCUGGGGUGGAGGCCUGUGUGUGUGAACACCUCCCUCCACGAGUGUGACCUGUCUCACCCGAAAACCCCUAUUACUGUGUUUGGGACGUACGUAGGACGGGUGAGGACAGAACGGGGGGAGGAGAGGUCAGACUGGGGGGAGAGUGCCAACCUCACUUUGGACAAACACACCAUCAUUGGGCCGCCCAGUGUCUCUCUCCUCUCUCACAGAGGAAACCUCGACGUGAGCAUCACCGAUCCACACUUCUCCAUCUCAUCGCUCAGGACUGUUUACAACUCCCCCACUUACAACAUCACCUACUGGAGGGAUGGACAGCCUGAGAAGGCUGUAAGCAUCCCCAACAUCCAGCAGAACCUGGUGGUUUUAGAUAAACUGGACCCCUGGACCAAGUACUGCGUCCAGGUUCAGAUCCACGUAGAGAUGAACGUGAACCCAAGCAGAGCCAGCAGGAUUGUCUGUGAGACCACCGCCAACAGGGAGGAGGCUCCGUGGGUUGUUGCUGUGGUGAUUUUUGUCUUCAUGGCGAUGGUGAUGACUUUGAUUGUGCUCUCAGUCGUGUAUCGCAAAAGGAUAUCACAUUUUCUCUGUCCAAAGGUUUCCCUGCCCCUGCACUUUGAGCACCUGCGAGCUCCACUCGACUCCUCCAUGUACCUCGUCAUGGACGACUCCCAAAUACCUAAGGAAGUCUGCCACCCUGUGACAGUGGUGACACAUGGGACUGCGGAGGAGGAGCGCCUCCUGCAGGCAGACAGGACUGAAGCGGAGGAGGAGCGCCACAUGCAGGCAGACAGGACUGAAGCGGACGUCUGCCACCCUGUGACAGUGAUGACACAUGGGACUGCGGAGGAGGAGCACCCCCUGCAGGCAGACAGGACUGAAGCCGAGGAGGAGUGCCCCCUGAAUGCAGCAGGGAGCAGCUGCAGCAAAGAGCAAGAUAUCAUGGAAGGGGAGGGUCUGAAAUAAGGGAUCUCUUAGCUGGUGUCAGCAGCCUGAACUAACUGCUCAGACUAAGUGUUAACAGAUAGCAUUGCUACCCAGCAGUGCAGAACCGCCACAGAGAAACUGUGGAUGUAUGGCAGCAGGUUGAAGUUGGACUCUGAACUUUGAGUUUAUCAAACAGAACAUUUUAUUUUACUUUUGGAUUUUGAAAAUCUUUAUUGUCCCCAAGGGGCAAUUUUCUUUGUGUUCCAGUUCAACAUUUUUGUGCGCGAAUGUGUUUAAAUAACAAUAAUAAUAAUGAUAAUAAUAAUGAUAAUACCCCCUAAUGAACUGUUUACUAAUGCUUAGUCUCCACAAAACAUAGAUUCAGUUGGAAAUAAUGAUGUUGACCUUUCUUGUUAACGUUUGUGAGACUUGUAUAGAGAACUUGAAAAUUAUGUGUUAUCCUGCCAGGUGCUACAUACAUCCUAUUAUAACUUUAUUUAUACAGGACCUUUUAAACAGAGGUUACUGCAUGCUCUGACAGAUGGAUGUAAGGCAAGAAAACCAGGUGAUACAUGAAGACAGAAACAGACUGAGAUAAUGUUACACCUGAGAACUUCUUACCUGGGAUCUUCAAGAACUAAGAACUUUGUACUUGUGUUAACUUUUAAUUUACCUGUGUCUCCAUGUUGAUUGUGAUUUCACUUGUAAUGCAGAGCGGUUCCAGGUAAAUGUAUCCGUGUGUUACUAGCAGUAUUUCCACACAUCUCUCCAUCACCCACAGUAAACAUAUCUGUGUGAGAAACAGCUGCUCAGCCUCUCAGAGAGGUCACUCUCUGGAGAACACUCAGAUUUAAUGAUCUGUUAACUUUAAACACACAUUAAGACAUAAUCACAGAAGAAGAAAAAGACAGCAGGGAAGGAAUCAAUGCACUAACAUAUGAUGGAGUACUGAGGUUGACCUACUUACACAUGGACAACACUCAGGUACAUUAUAUGCAAGUAUAACAUGAAGAACUGUGACUGAUACAGGUGUAUAUUUGACCUUGUUACAUUUAUAAUAAAGGGGGAGGAGUCUA